ACAACAAUUGGGAAAAAAGUGUAAAGCUGUCGAUUAGUUAUGGGUAUCCAUUGCAAAAAGACCAAAAUUAAACCCUAAACCCUAAUACCCAAACAAUUCGCCCCUUCUUAUAAAUCUGCUAAAACCCUAAUACUCAUUUGCUAUCGUCUUCAAAAUUCUUCCUCUGUAUCCAAAGGUUUAGAAGUAACAAUGGCAAAAAAUCCAAAGAUUUUCUUUGACAUACUGAUUGGCAAUGCCAAAGCUGGGAGGGUUGUGAUGGAACUAUUUAAAGAUAAGACUCCUAAAACUGCUGAGAACUUUCGAGCUCUCUGCACCGGUGAAAAAGGGAUUGGGCAGUUAGGGAAGCCAUUACAUUACAAGGGCUCGGGUUUUCAUCGUAUCAUUCCACAGUUUAUGUGCCAGGGUGGUGAUUUCACCAGAGGAAAUGGGACUGGUGGAGAAUCUAUAUAUGGUACGAAAUUCGCUGAUGAGAACUUCAGUGUGAUGCAUACUAUACCCGGCCUUCUUUCAAUGGCAAAUUCUGGACGAAACACCAAUGGAUCUCAAUUCUUUAUCACCACAGUAGCAACACCUUGGCUUGAUGGUAAACACGUGGUAUUUGGGAAGGUUGUUGAUGGCUAUAGUGUUGUCCAGGAAAUGGAAAAGGUGGGUUCAGAUAGUGGGAAAACAUCAUGCCCUGUCUUAAUUGAAGAUUGUGGUGAGAUAAACAAGAACUAGUCGAGGAGAUAAUGUAGUUGAGCAACAUGUCAUGUACAUUGGUACCUUUGCUUUCCCUCAUGUAGUCUGUGCAAAAGUCUUAUAAAGGCAUGCUCUUUUUUGGACAAGCUGCUAGUAUUUGUAAAGGAUUGCUGAGUUAUGUAGUUCUAUUGAAUAAACUAGCACAAUGACAUUGUAA